AUGGACAUGGUUCUCUCAGAUUCAAUAACAAUAGAAGAGGAAAAUAAUGAUAGACACUUUUAUAGCAUAGCACAACACAAAACUACUAAGGUUUUGGAGCCUCUUUUCAGACCCAGAAGCAGAAACUCGAGACACAUUCUACCAAAACUAGUCACAGAUAGAACUAUACUUAUGUCUACCAUAGAAGUUGAUCUUCAAAGUAUUGCAACAAAUCCAGAAACAGAAGAUGAAGAAAGCGAUUCUAGUGGCCUCAAAUUGGUCUACCCAAUUUUGGUGGCCAAUGCUUUUACAGAUGAGUAUUACUUCACCAAUAUACAUUCCAAUAAACUGAGCAUGACCUCUAAUGGCAUGGAUAUUAUUUGCAAAAAACAAGAGAUAGAUGUAUUAGACAAUGAUAAUAUUAAUUUUCUUUCUCAAUCCAUCAGAAAACUAGUAGGAGUUACAUUGAUUGCAUGGGAGUCAAAAGAGGCUCAGACCAAGUUCUUAAAGUUAGAAACUAUUUGCACUUCAGAGAUCUGCACAGUUUUGAUCUUGAAUUGGUUUGUGAAAAGAACAGCUAUGGCUAGAAAGAAGUUAGAAAUAGAUCACACUCUUUUCUUGGAAUAUAUUGUCUUAGAUAAACGGACUCUUAUAAAUUCAACAACAGCAGCCAACUGGAUGAUUAACAUCUUAAAAGAAGCUGGAAUCAAUACCAGGGAAAAUACAACAUACUCCACAAGAUCAGCUGCAAAUACUAAUGCAAUACUGCAAGAAAUACUAGUAGAAGAGAUUAAAUUUCAUGUCAAUUGGAAUUUGUCAAGUGAUAUAUUUGAGCAAUAUUACUUUAAGCCAAAUAAACAACAUUCUAUAGGAGCACAGAUUACAGAAGUUAUAUUUGUAUCUAAGCAGUUGAAAGUCUGGGCCAAACAGCAGUUUGACUUGCCCAAGCUCCCAUCUCAGGCAGCCAUAUCAAAGAUUUUGCAGAAAGAAGAGAAGAUCUUAGAAAGAGCUAAAAAGAAGUUGAAGAAGAUGUCUAUCAGCUUAUUUUGGAUAUGGAAAAAAAAAGCAGUUCCAAUCAAUGUCCACUCGAUCAAAAACUAUGCCAAGGUAAUUGCAGUAAGCAAAUACAACAUCACACAGGAAGACAUGUUGAGCUUUUCAGAUGGGUGGAUUGCGAAGUUGAAGAAGAGACUCAGAGUAAAAAAGUGGAAAGAUGCAUGGCAAAAGUUCUUUUGCUCCUAA